UGUAGUUAAAAUGAAGAAGUGGAUGUAGCAUUACAGUAAUUUCGGUCAGAGGUCUGGUAGGCUACACGAGAUGCUGUCCGACGUUUCUACCGAAGUCAUUUCUACAGACUCGGUAACCGACUUGAGACAAGAGGAGAUGGUUAUAACCUUGUUAAAACACUAUCAGUCCAUGAAGCGACGGGAGACGCGAAUACGUCUUGCCACGGGGUUCAUGAUACUCCUGGGCUUCGCAGCUGUUUUUUUCUUCCAUUAUCAGACACACAGUGCGAGUGAUGAGGCUGGCAUUGCUGCACAGCAUGAACCUUCUGCUCAAGCACAGCGUCAUGCCAGGCGGAAGCAUAGGCCGUCCUUUUACCUGACUCCUGCUAUGAACCAAACCCAGAACAUGAGACCCAUGCUGUGGCUGAACCGCAACACCUUACAGACUGUUCAAUCUAUUCACAUUCCGAUGGAUGGCCUAUAUUUUGUGUUUUUGCAAAUGGCUUAUCGGAUCCCGGAGAAGUUCUGUGGGGAAGAAAUGGCAAACAAAGAGAUAACCCUGGUUUCUAGGGUCAUUUUGACCAGUAAAGUCUACCCAAAGCCUAGAACUGUGGUCAGCUCAAAGGACAGCAUCUUCUGUAGGCCUACCUACCCAAACUUUAGAAGUGUUUACACAGGCCGCUCAAUCAUGUUGAUGGAUAACGAUACGUUGGAGGUCACGGUCCACACACCUGAGCUGAUUGACAGGAAUACUAAGGAAGGGCUGUUUUUUGGUGGUUAUCUAAUAAAUAAGUCAAAGGACAGGAUCUGAAAGAGACGUUUGUGUUGUGGUGGUGGUGUGAUACAAUUUGACAUCAACAGAUUUUUUUCUGUUGUAUUUGCUGUGAUGUUACUAUUAAAAACUAAUAUUUAGUGGCUUUGAACAUGUAAAUAUGCAUACCGAUACAUUCCUCCAGGGAAUAUAAACGAGGCAAUUGAAGAUGCUGUAAACUAUUCUGGAUGAUGUCACAUUUGUUGAUAUUUUAACCCAAUCACUAGACAGAACACCAGAGGGAAUACUCCCCUUUCCCUUUCAGUGAUUGGUUUGAUCAGUUUUGUUAUGGUUUGGGGGACAGGCUUGCUCCACUUUGUUUCUGGUUUACAGAGCCAGGGCUGUUUACAAAGACUGUGUUUUUUACAGUGUACAGAAUGGACAGCUAGUGGAUCAUGAUGAGAUAUUCACUGAAUAUGACAAAUAGUGUUAUGGGUUAGAAAUAGAACGAUGUGGUUUUUACAAGAAAUGGUUCCCUGUUGGAGAGCUUUUCAGAACUAUCCUGACAUGUUUUAUGUUAAAACAAUCUCUUAUAUGCUUGACAAAUCUAAUCUAAAAACAGUAUGGAUUUGUUUGCGAUCUUAUGAUGUAUAGUAGGUUAUUGAAAGUUGUGAAUGUAUUUACAAAUGUUGCUUUUUACUAAUUUGUGGUCCCUGGGCCGACUUUGCUGCGCUCUUAAUAAAACAUG